CCGGGGCUGUCGGUGCCUCCCGGAGGCCCGCGGCCGGUUCGCAGCGGGGUGCCCAGCCCCGGGGUGCGUGUGGGUUGGGUGUCAGUGAGCUCUUUGGCCCCCCUCGCUCGGGUGGACUUGGCCUCGGUCAGGUCUGGUUGCCUCCGAUGGGAAAGGAAUUGUAAUCUGUGACUAUGAAAAACAACAUCCUCUGAGUUUGCUUCAGGCUUUCUGCCUCAUCACCUGCUGUGGUCCUCUGAUAAGCUGUACUCCAAGUUCUCCUGGGGAGGGUUUGUUCUUGAGGGGACAUGGCCUUCUGUAGCUGGAAGUGGCUCCUUCUCGUGGGCAGGCAGAACACCUUUGCCAAAGCUUGGAGGAGCAGGAGGGGCGGUCCCUCCUUGCGCUGGAAGCGCUGCUGUCAUUGGAGUGCCGGCAAGUCUCUGGACCCCGAGGUGAAAGCGUUUUUGGAGGAGAACACAGAGGUCACCAGCAGCGGGCACCUCACACCAGAGAUACGACUGCGCCUCCUCACCCCUCGCUGCAGGUUCUGGAGGGAAAAGCCUGACCUGUGGCCUUAUGGGGACCCGUUCUGGGCAAUUUACUGGCCAGGAGGCCAAGCCCUCUCCAGGUAUAUUUUAGAUAAUCCACAUGUUGUUAAAGGACGAUCAGUUUUGGAUCUUGGAAGUGGAUGUGGAGCAACAGCAAUAGCUGCUGUGAUGAGUGGUGCAUCACAAGUCCUUGCUAAUGACAUUGACCCUAUUGCAGGAAUGGCAAUGAUCUUGAAUUGUGAAUUGAACCAGCUGAAUCCCUUCCCCAUCACCAUUAAGAACAUCAUUAAUUCAGACGUUGGCAACUGGGACCUAAUUGUUCUAGGAGAUAUGUUUUAUGAUGAACAACUUGCUGAUGGCCUGCAUCACUGGCUGAGGAAAUGCAUCAGGAUACAGCAAACUGAAGUGCUCAUUGGUGACCCUGGCAGGCAUCAGUUUUUAACCCACAGCAUUCGCAGUCAGUUGCACAAAGUUAUAGAAUAUUCACUUACUGAGUAUACUAGACAAGAAAACAAUGGAUUAACUUCAAGUACUGUCUGGAGUUACCAGCCCUCAAAUAGCUCGGAAAAUUGUUGAAGCUGGCUUCCUAAUGAAUUUUUCUCUCUCAUUUGGUUGGCUUUUUUUUUUAAGCAUAUAAAAUGAAAAUGGGAAUUAAACAUGGAACGUAUCUGUUGAUGCCAAGUGAAUUACUGUACCUUCAUUGUACUGAUUUCAGUUAUACUCGCUGAGGCUUUCACUCCAUUUGAGGUAAAAAAAAGCUACAUGCAAACUGUAUUCAAAGAGGCCUGCACUGGAUAGCAAAUCCAAAGACAAGCUACAUGUAAGAGUUGGCAUGUUUGAUGUUUUUCAUGUACUCAUGUGUUUUCAUGUCUUGCUCUCUUACACUAUUGUGGUAUAUUCUGGACAUCCAGCAUACUGUGGUGGGGAGAAGGCAGCAGCUGAAACACUACUGCACUGCUUUCACAGACUUCUGCAGCUUAUUUACAGAGAAAAUUAUUGGUAUUAUUCAUAAAACUCUCUGCUAGAUUAUUGGCUCAUACUAUGGUCAACUUAAAGUGCCUUGCUCUUUUUCUGGCUAUCUCUUCUGAAUGUCAAAGUAACUAAUUUGAGUCUACUCCUUCCCCGCUGUAAUAAAAAUAUAGUCUUCUUUGAA